AUGAGCAUCACCGUUAGGGACGCCCUUGCCCAGCUUGACGAUCGCCGCGUGAAGAACAUCCGGCCACUCAUCCCGCCCGCGAUCCUCCAGGAGGACCUCCCGUUGACUCUUGGCGCCGCAGAGACUGUUCUCGAUGGCCGCAAGCAUACCGAAAAUAUCCUUCACUCGAGGGAUGACCGCCUUCUUGUGGUUGUAGGACCUUGCUCCGUGCACAACGUGGAGUCUGCGAAGGAGUAUGCACGCCUCCUUCGUGACUACGCGGAGACAGCAAAAGAUGACUUGCACAUCAUCAUGCGUGUCUACUUCGAAAAGCCUCGGACCACGGUCGGAUGGAAGGGUCUUAUCAACGACCCGGACAUGAACGGCAGCUUCCAGAUCAACAAGGGUCUCCGUAUUGCCCGCUCCUUACUCCUCGAUAUUGCAAAAAUGGGCCUGCCCGCUGGUUGCGAGUUCCUGGAUACGAUUAGUCCGCAGUACACCGCCGACCUCGUGUCAUGGGGCGCCAUCGGAGCGCGCACAACCGAGUCGCAGGUUCACCGAGAGCUCACCUCUGCGCUCUCAAUGCCGACCGGGUUUAAAAACUCCACGGACGGCACUGUUGGUAUUGCCAUUGACGCGUGCCGCGCUGCGAGUCGCCCGCACGUCUUCCUCUCCGUCGGCAAGGGUGGCCUGAGCAGUAUCGUCGAGACUGAGGGCAACCCUGAUGUGCAUGUCAUUCUGCGAGGUGGAAACAACGGACCGAAUUUCGCGGCGGAGUUUGUCCGUUCCUGUGGCGAGAAGCUUGCUAAGGCUGGAUUUGCGCAGAAGAUUAUGAUCGACUGCAGCCACGGGAAUAGCCAAAAGCAGCACAUAAAGCAAAUCGAGGUGGCCGAGGACAUCGCGCGGCAACUGGAAUCGAGCGACACCUCUUCUAUGAUCAUGGGCGUCAUGAUUGAGUCCAAUCUCGUCGAGGGCCGUCAGGAUAUCCCAGUCGGUGGUUCGGCCGGGCUGAAGUACGGCCAGUCUGUCACAGAUGCUUGCAUCUCCUGGGAGCAGACUGUUCCUGUCCUGGAGAGGCUGCGCGAGGGCGUCCGUGCACGUCGGGCGCGUGUUCGGAAGGGAGCGCGUGGCGAUGUGAAGCUAAACGGUGUCAACGGUUCGAAUGGCGUGAACGGCACCCACGCCGUAAACGGUGCGAACGGCGUGAAUGGUUCCGCGUAG